ACGAGACCAGCGCAGGUUUCCUUUAGCUCUAUCGACGAAUCCCGUUCGCUAUGAUGAGAUAGUUCGAGGCUUAUGUCGGCGGCGCGUGCACUGGCAAGGUGGAUCGAACGAGAUCCCGAAAAGUCAUCGAUCCCCUAAAACGCUUUGUCGUCCCGACGAUACCUUGAUUAUAUAAAGCCCGAUUGUUGCUUCAGCUCCCAGUUCUCAUUCACAACUACAGCUACAGCUAUUAUUCAGCUUUAACGUGUUACCCAAUCUCACAUUGACAACUUGUUAUCAAUACCUACCAACAUCGCCACAGCUUACCUACACCUAUGAUCUGUACAAGAGUAACAGCAAACGGACCCAGGGCCUCAAGGCAGGCUUCUGCUCAAUUCAUCAAGACCCUCAAUUGCUUGAAUGCCUCCGGUGCUGGGCUGAGGCCGACAUUCGUCGCCGUCCAUCAUAUUCAGUUGAGCGCGGCACCACAACGGCACUUCUCCAACACGUCCAGGUCAUCCAGGAUCGACGAGUACUUUCCCCAGAAAGAGACUGAAAAAGUCCGCAAGACGCCGUCAGCAUGGCCACACCCUGUGUACUCGUACAAUGAUAUGGAAAGCGUUAUCGUAGCUCACCGCGAAGCCAAGACACGCUCCGAUAGAGUCGCGCUCCUCGCCGUGAAGGUCCUCCGAUGGGGCCUGGAUCUCGCAACGGGAUACAAACAUGACAAGGCUGUUGCGUUGAAUGAAAAGGACCCGGAAGCGGCGAGAAGGAAGUAUGCCAUGACAGAGGAGAAGUACAUGAUGCGGAAUGUGUUUUUGGAAUCGGUUGCUGGUGUUCCUGGAAUGGUCGCUGGUAUGAUCCGGCAUCUCCAUUCGAUGCGACGGAUGAAGAGAGACAACGGAUGGAUCGAGAGUUUGCUCGAAGAAAGCUACAACGAGCGAAUGCACCUCCUGACUUUCCUCAAGAUGAGUGAGCCGGGCUGGUUCAUGAGGUUUCUGGUCCUUGGCGCUCAAGGAGUGUGGUGCAAUGCCCUCUUCUUUGCGUAUCUGAUUUCUCCUCGCACAGUGCAUCGCUUCGUCGGCUACCUCGAAGAAGAAGCUGUUAUCACGUAUACACGCCAGCUCAAGGACCUGGAUGCUGGGCGACUUCCCAAAUGGGAGAAGCUUCAGGCACCACAGAUCGCAAUAGACUACUGGAACAUGCCGGAAGGCCAUCAAUCCAUGCGAGACUUACUCCUCUACAUUCGCGCCGACGAGAGCAAACACCGUGAGGUGAACCAUACUCUGGGCAACCUCGACCAGGUGGAAGACCCUAACCCCUACGUCAGCGAAUACAAGGAUAGUGAGAGGCCCCAUCCACGCAAGGACCUCAAGUUCCAGCGACCGACGGGGUGGGAACGCAGCGAUAUCAUCUAGACUGACAAGCCUAGUUGUUCCUUUUAACUAGUUCCUUGUACUUUUUUUUCUCUUUCUUUUGUCCACUCUCAAAAACAUCAGCACGGCGUUUCUUCUUUCAGGGAAGGCGGAUAUCAUCGGAUACCCAUUGCAUAUCGGGUGUUAGGAAAGCAACAUGUAUACUUCGAAUAAAAACUUCGC